AUGUCGAGGGAGAGAGCUAAACGAGUUACACUAGCUCCCGGUCCACAGGUUGUUGAGAAGAUUAAAAAAGUUGUAGAAGAAGGCAACUACUAUGGCGCCCAACAAAUGUACAAGUCUUUUAGUGCAAGAUAUAUUUCAGCCGAAAGAUAUUCAGAAGCUUUGGAUAUUCUUGAGUCAGGUGCUUGCAUACAAUUAGAGAACGGGCAGAUUACAUGUGGGGUAGAGCUUGCUGUCUUGUUUGUCGAAACACUUGUUAAAGGAAAAAAUCCUUAUGAUGACAACACGCUUGAUCGUAUCAGGAAAAUAUACGAGAAGUUUCCUCGGAUACCCACGCCUCAGCAUUUAGACAUAGGUGAUGAUGAUGAUAUGCAGCGACUUUCUGAAGCUCUCGGGGCUGCAAAAAUACGUGCAGAGGGUUGCUCGUCUUUCUUGAAAGCUGCUAUCAAGUGGUCUGCAGAGCUUGGAGCACAUAAGUAUGGGUCUCCUGAAAUCCACGACAUGCUUGCGGAUUACAUAUAUUCAGAAUCUCCUGAAUUGGAUAUGGCCAAAGUGUCCUAUCAUUUUGUUCGUGGGAAGAAUCCAAAGAAUUUUGCUUCAACUCUCGUCAAUUUCAUGGGAAAGUGUUACCCAGGUGAAGAUGAUCUUGCAGUUGCACGAGCUGUUUUGAUGUAUUUAGCUCUAGGUAAUUUGAGAGAUGCUAAUGUCCUUGUGGAUGAAAUGAAGAAAAAAGUUCAAUUUCAAGAUGUCAACUUUCCUCAAUCAGAAAUAAUGGAGUUCAUCGGUUAUCUUCUGAAAACAUUGCAAAGAGAUGCUUUGCCUCUUUUCAAUAUGUUGAGACAGCGCUAUGAGUCUAGCAUAAACCGAGAGCCCAUUUUCAAUGAAUUGCUUGAUCAAGUGGCCGAGAGGUUUUAUGGGGUGCAACGUAAAAAUGCCAUGCCAGGAAUGUUUGGAGAGUUAUUUAAGAUGAUGUCCGGAGAUUAA